AUGCAUCACCAUCUAAUAACCACCCUCACCCUCCUCACUCUCUCCCACACCGCCCUCACACUAAAACUCCCCGCCAGACAAACCCCCAACCUCUGGCACAUCUCCGACUCCUACAUCGGCUGCGACCCGACAGUCGGCUGUUCCUACCAAUUCCACGUCCUUGGCGACGACACGGGCCAACUGCCCUACUUCGAAGCCGACUGCAUCCAGAACGUCCCCAUCGGCGACACGGCGCUCCAACAGUGUAAUCUCGUUGGUGCCGGGUCGCAGUUUGGGCUGUCGGUUGAUGGGGUUUAUGCUUCGGGGGAGUUUUAUCCCGGGAAUCAGGUGGGGAGUAGGGUGGUUGUGCAGUUGGAGUUUAGUGAUGCAAGACGAGGAACGAGGGAAUUCUGGCAGGCGUCGCAGGAUGGGACCUAUCAGACGUUUUCGCGGGAUUUGGGUGAUUAUGAUGUGAUCCCUUUGCAGGCUGCUGCUGUUGCUUGA